CCCUGUCCAGGCUACUGGGUAUUUGUAGUUCUGAGACUGACCUCUAACGGACUACAACUCCCAGGCUAUAGGAGGGACCUUCACGUCGAAGCGCACGAGCCUCGCGCCGCAACAGCAGCAGCUGGUGCAGCCGAGGAGGCUACUUUGUUACAGCGGAGCUACCGGAGAGCAAACGGCUGAGGAAAAAAUCGCUCGGAAAAGUGUAAACAGUUCGGAGAAAACGGCGCAACGAAACGCCUGUUGUCGGGAUUUGGCGGUGGCAGCUGUUGAAUGAACUUGUCAGAGGAUUUGAAGUUUGUCUCAUCGCCGAAAAAAAGAGGGCUUUCUCAAAGUUGAGCCGGAGAGGAGUUCUCUCAUUCAGGAUGUCGGACUGAGACAAAGGGGUCUGGGGGGCAUUCCCGUCGGAGCGCAGGUAAAACUUGAUCCUUGAAGUCUCCUCUGGAUGGGAAAGAUGGAGAGGGAGUUGCAAUGGUGGAAAGGACAGCUAGCUGCAGAUAUCCAUCAAUCCCUCCGCAUCAAGGAGCUGAAGCUACCGGUCUACCGGGCCCAUUCUCCACAGAUCGGCAUGCGUCGGUACUUUGCAGACUUGUUGGCCAUCCUGAGUAAUCGCUACCAGCUAUGUCCCACAGCACGUCACCUGGCCGUCUACCUGCUGGACUUGUUCAUGGAUCACUAUGAUGUGGCCGUCAAGCAGCUCUAUGUCAUCGCCCUCUCCUGUCUGCUCCUAGCUAGUAAAUUUGAGGAAAAGGAGGACCGGGUUCCCAAGCUGGAGCAGCUGAACUCUCUGGGCUUCAUGUGUAGCCUGAACCUGGUUCUCAACAAGAGGGAUCUGAUCAAAAUGGAGCUUCUGCUGCUGGAGACCUUUGGCUGGAAUCUGUGCAUGCCCACACCCGCCCACUUUAUUGACUACUACCUCCAUGCCUCGGUGCAGGAGGGCGACCUAUACAACGGCUGGCCCCUGUCCUCCCUCUCCAAGACCAAGGCCUUCAUGGACAAAUACACUCACUACUUCCUGGAAGUCUCACUACAAGACCACGCCUUCCUGAGUUUCCGACCAUCCCAGGUUGCCGCUGCGUGUGUGGCAGCAUCUCGUAUUUGCCUUCAGAUCUCCCCGAGCUGGACGGCCUCUCUGCAUCUCCUGACGGGCUACACCUGGGACCACCUCACCCAGUGCAUUGAACUCAUGCUGCUUGCUCAUGACAACGAUGUUAAGGAGGCCAACAAAACCAAAUCCACCCCUCCGCACCGACCCUCCUCUCUGCAGUCUCAGCCGCAGACCUCUCACCUCUCUCCGGUGUCAGCCAUCCAGAGACCAGCUUCCUCCUCCUCCUCCACCUCCACUACACCACAGCUGCUCUUUCAGCCCGACGGCUUCCCACACCUUUCCCAGCAUUCCCCUUCCCUGUCCCAGCUGCAAGCGCUAGCCGACUCCCAGACUUUGGGGCCUGUGGUGAACAUGUCUCAGGACUUUCUUCAGAGCCACAGGAUGGGUCUGCUUACUGGGGCUCCUUCCAUUACUCCUGGAGGUGGGUUCCCCUCCUACCCGAGCCUGACCUCUGGCCUCCAGCCAGGGGCUCGCGCGCUGCCGCUGCAGGGCCCCAUUUCUGUGCAGAUGGCCCUCGCGGGAGAACCACGCCACUGCCUGAGUAUGGCUUACAGCGGUGGCUACUUGGGGGCCCAUCACACUUUCACAGCCGGCUGCUUCGACAGGUGACGCCAGGAGACGGAGAGGGAACAAAAACCCCUACGGGAGUUCACUGCCAUGCUUCCGCCCCAGCUUACUACUCGGAAACAUCCACUUACUGACCUCCUCUCUCUCUCCGUCGGCACUGCAACACCUUCAGCAAGUCCAACUCCCCCGGCCCUCUCACAGAGACGCCUCAAACGCAAGCAGAGGUCCAAAGGCAAGACAGACCCGGUGGAAGUCAUCACACUGACAUGACAAAUGCUCCACAGACUUGUUUAAAAUACUGAGGCAUUGCAAAAUGCUACUGCCAUAUUCCUAACUGAUUUUAUGAAAUCUGUGUUAUUACGACACUGUCAUCACUGUGAAUGAGAUGAAAGCAGCAGUGUGAUCUAACUCCCACCUCAUUCAGUGCCUGUUCUCAGUUGUGUGAAAGCUGAGCCAAUUUUAGAAGUACACAGAACACAAAGUAUCUGUGAUAAAGGAUAUCUUGCUGCUUGACAUAUUUUUCUCUAAUCCCAAAAAUUGAACACAUUUUAGAGGUGGAAAAAUUGGCUGGUAUUGUUUCUUGAGCCAUCAUUUGAGCGAGAGACGGAAGAAGAAAAGGGCUUGUUGCUGAUCUGGCAAGGAAUAACGGGUUGCGUCUCCUGAAUGUCAGUGAACAUUGAUCUAAUGCCUGUAGUCUGUGUCAGGGCCCCUCUGGGAAUUCCUCACUGUAUAAGUCCUCAGAGGGGACGAAGAAUUCAUUGUUUUGCGCACAGCAGGUGAAGUCCGGAGCUCGAACACGCCUGCAGUGUGUAGCUUUUUUUUUUUUAAGUACAAAUUCUCUCCCCUCUCUGUCCUCGUCAUCUCUUCUCUCCCAUCUCCAAAGUCGAGCCUCGUGGCGGAGCCUUACACACCCCGGGGAGGGGAACAUGCGGCUCACUUCAGCCACAGGCUUUGUCAUACUAAAGUUUUAAUUUGUGUCUCCAGCUCCACUCAAAGAAUUGAACACAAACUGAUGUGACUGGACCAGCGUGGUGAAGGAGACGUGGAAGUCGGUUGUGUGUACUGUACAUAUGAAUUGCUGCUGCCUUCUUAUGAACUGUUGGUUCUGUGUCUGUGUUAAUGAUGUUUACAUGAACCACUAAGUAUCAGGGACUUGAACAAGAUUACUUGAAUAUGAUGCCAUUGAAACAUGCCAUAGCUUUUAUUUAUGAUGACUAAUUUUUUUCUUGUUCUUGAUUUUUUUUUUUUUUUUAAUUCAUUUGUUUGAUAUAGAGUAGCUUUUUAUACCAACUUAGAAACACACCAUUGAAUAACUAUAGUUUUCUCUGUACAUGUUCAUAGAAACUGUAUAUUCAGGCUCAGGUUUUAAGGCUGAAACUAGCAGCCUUCCCAUCAUUCUGUGCUAUUAUGCUUUAAGUAGAUGCUAAUGCUGCAUCUGUGGGGUCUGAAAUACUCCCCUUCUUCAUCACUGGACCAUACUCUGCUUCCAACUCAGUUAACUGAAUGCAUGAAUCAGUCUGUUUGCAUCCUAGUGGAACAGCCUCAUGGUCACUGGUUACACACACAAACAUCUGCAGCCAGUUUGUAAUUGCUCUCCAGAUUUCUAAAGCUGCAAUUCCCAAUCUCCUACUUCCUGUUUAAAGUCUAACCACAUCCAGAUUCUCAGUGCCAGUCAUGAGGGCUGCACACUGGUUACCAUGGUGAUACCUUAAAACGACCAUGGACACCAGCUCCUCGGAUGUUGUUGACUGAAAGGAACGGUUUCUCAGUGUCGCGGAGUAUUGUGAGCUUCUUCUGGAAGGAAUUAUUAAUAACGGUUGCCGUUUCUCACAUAAACCUUGAUCUAUGUUUAGUUUGAAUGUUCUGACUUUACAUUUCCAACCAUUCUGCUGUGGACACCAGACAUCGUACAUGUCAGUGCCUCGUCCUCAGCAGCUGACAGGCUUGAACUGUGAACCAUAAUUUCAUAGUCAGACAUUUGUAUUUCUCAGAAAACACUACAUGAAGCUUUCUGAAACGGCGACACUAAUAUAAUCACGUAUCACCAAAUGUUAUACAGCUAGACAUUUUCCCUCCACUGAAACAGACAUGUUUAUGUGCUUUUCAGUGACGAAGAUACUAUGCCUUUGUUUUGCUGUUUGUGUACAGUUUUGUUAUAUUUUUUACAUUCCCUUUGUUUUCAGUGUAUUUUAGUUAAAGCUUUUUUUUGUGAUUUUCAUGAUGAAUGCUGUUGGUGUGAAGUAGUUUUUUGUUUUGUUUUUUUAUAUAGAGGUCAACUUGCUCUUUCCUCAUAAUUCAUGAGCAACUUCUCACUGAGGUGUCAAAGGUGCAAUAUGUUGUUUUUUCUGUUGAAACUGACCACAGCCAUCACUGUCUCGUGUACACCACUGGUUCAUCUUUUGUAACUUAUUUUUUUUUUGAUAAUUGUGUGAUUUGACUUGCUGUAGCUUGAUUUCCUCUAGAGGGCAGUGGGCUCUGAACACAAUGAAUAUGUUGCAUAUUGCAGCCACCUCCUUUGAGUGAUAGAUAUUACUGAAUGCUUUUUGUCUUUCGCUAGAGUUUUACUGUGCUUUUUUUUUUUUUUUUUCCUCUCCCGGUAAAGGUGCUGAUAUUACUCACACCACACAACACUUGUCUAAUGUGAUAGUAAUGAAAUGACACCACAAACUUCCAAUUUAUAUUUUUAUAUCCUUUUGUACCAAUCUGUAGUCUUGCUUUAUGUGACACCGAUAAAAGGGAUUCUUUUAUCAUGAUGUGCCACGGGAGAAUAAACACACAUGUGAACUGA